AUGCUCACCAAUUCACCACCGAAAUCGGACCGUCCCGACAGUUCUCCAACAAAAACCAAGGACGGCUACUUCCAGUGUGGUUUCUGUAAACGGCACUAUAAUCGAGCAGACCAUCUCAUCCGCCAUGUGCGCUCUCAUACGAGAGAAAAACCAUAUAUCUGCGACGUUUGCGAUAAGGGCUUCGCCCGACCGUCAGCAUGGCAUAUACAAUUAGUUGAUUUGUCUUAUAGGGAUUUGUUGAAACGCCAUGCAGCGGGCCAUGCCAAUGAGCGUGACAGAAAGCGAAAGCGCAGUUCAUCAGUCGCUAAGCAAAGCAGAGUAUCACAGGCAUGCAAAUCUUGCGCAUCUUCAAAAUUGAAAUGCGACGAAGACAAGCCCUGUCGGCGAUGUCGGGAGCGCAACAUGGCUUGCGAUUGGCAGGAUGUCUCUCAGGACUCAUCACCAGAACCAAUACAAGACAAUAUGCUGGACACGCCAGCAGCAAGCAAUCUGCCUUUAGAAUUGAUGCCCUCGCCUUCUAUGGCUUUUUCGCCAAUGCCGACACCUUUAGAUGAGUUCACAUCGGCCAAUGCUUUGAUGAGCCCUGGCGUCGCUCUCCAAAAUGCAAUUGUCUCUCCGAUUGGGAACAUCGGAAGUGAUCAGUUGCCCAUCGAUAGUGGAGCUAGAGUACCACCAGCUGACAGACGAGCAGUAUCACCAAACGACCAUGAAAGUGGUAUCUUCAGUAUUGACGGCACUUUCUUCCCCAAUUUCAUCCCAGACUCCCUAAUCCCAUCCCUUGCACGCUAUAAUGACCCAGACCCCUCAAAUUCUAUGCCUGAUUACGUCCAUUAUGGCGCUCUCGACAACUUCCACUUCGACCUUACCCUCACAGACGGUGAUUUCGGUCUCAUCGACUUUUACAACUCACAGAGCAUGAUUUCCAAUUUCCAAGUCCCCCAACAUAAUGACCGAUAUGAUACUGAUAGCGGCAUUGGAAUCGGCGCAGAAGCAUACCACCGAUCAUCAUUCUCUGCAUGGAAACCCGCGCGCGAGGAUCACGCCUUCGACGACCAUGAGAACUUGUCAGUACCGCAAGUGAUGGAUAGCCCCGAAACCAACAUCUCGUCCGAAGGGCCUGUUCUAUGUGAUAGGCUAUCAUCUAGUAGCCGCGACCUCAUUCUAAGUAUGAUUUUGGAAGUCAGUCGGGAGGCGAACCUGAGUCGGAUCUUGAAGUCUUUUCCCGGGACGGAGCUGCUAGAUGGCUUGAUCCAGCAGUAUUUUGAGCACGAGAAGCACCAAAUUGGGACUUUCAUUCACAUGCCAACUUUCCAAACGAAUAGCGAGGACCCUGGGGUUCUUGCUAGUCUGGCAGCUGCUGGGGCUGUGCGCUCGCCCAACCCAACCAUUCGAAAGCUUGGAUAUGCAUUGAAUGAGGGUGUGAGAAUGCAUCUUCCGUCAAAGUACGAAAGAGAUAAUACUUUUAUUCGUGAUUUGCGGACAUCACAGAUCUACGCGUUGACUAUUGAUAUCGGUAUCUGGAGUGGGAACCGACGAAAGACCGAGAUUGCCGAGAGUUUCUCGCAGCCACUAAUUACAAUGCUUCGUCGCGCAUUGCGUUUCCGUCGCUCAGUCUAUUCUACGAUCGUACCACUUGCAGAAGAUAAAGGCCAUGUUUUGGAGACGAAGUGGCGAAAUUGGGUUGAUCAAGAAUCUUUCAAGCGGCAGACAGCCAUGGCUCUGAACGUAAACCCGGUCAUCUCAUAUGCAGAUAUGGAGCUCCCACUACCUGCUUCACGUCAAUUAUGGGAUGCUAAGUCCGCUACCGAAUGGAAAGGCCUUUUCCGCACAACAGUUCCAGAACGUCUACCAUCGCUAGCCGACCUACUGCGUGACAUGUCACAAUUAUCAGUAAUCCAGGAACGGAUCGAUACUCAAUUCGCAGCAUCAGUGCUAGUCCACGGCCUAUCGGCACUGGUAAAUGAAUACCACAGACUCAAAUUCAUUUCCAGCAGCAACUCCAAACAUUGGCACGCUCUUGUCACUAACUCACGCCAACAAGAGCUCGAUCAAGCCCUGCAGCAUUUCCGCAUGGUCUGCUCGGAAUUACACGUCCAGUGCCGCCCCGAGAUUAUGCUGGUAUGCGAAGUUGUUUCAAUGCUCCUCUACAUGUCGCUCGAGGAACUCCAGCUCUUUGCUGGUAAAGAAGAUAAACAAGAGGCACGGCGUGUGUAUCACUCCGCCCUGGACUGGAUCGUAAGUCCUGAUUCCCGACGAGCGGUCUGGCAUGCUGGCCAGGUCAUCCGUGCCGCCCGGACUAUGCCCCCAGCUUCUUUGACGGGAUUCUCGGCAAUCGGGGUCUACUACGCCAGCCUUGCCUUCUGGUCAUAUAGUGUAGUUUCCAAGGCCAAUACAGCAAGGCUCACGGGAAGUCCGAAUUCUCAGCUGUCGAAUACUGGAUCGACUGUCUUUCUCGAUGGCGACCAGGGGCCUAAUAUUUCCAAGUUUGUGACCCUCGGAUGUGGGCUUCCCGCCUUGCAAGGGGCCGGAGGAGCGGUUUAUUUGGUCGAUCCAGCGAACACGAUGAGACUGGCGCAGGCAACGCUUCAGCUGGAGCCGUCAGAGAAGACACCUGCUUUGGUGCAGAUGCUUACUCAAUUGAUGGGAGAUCUGGGGAAUUGCGUGCGUGUAUGA